AUGGUGAUGGUGUUGUCUAACUCGCUUUCAGCCACACGGCGCGCCUCUGCCCACGUCCUGCGCGCGAGAGCCGGGCUCGCAUCCGCCGCACCGGUGGUCAACAUCCCAAUCAUCGACUUUAGCGGUUAUCGCACUGCGGGCUCCAUCUCUGAAAGACGGAAGACAGCAGAUUCCAUCGUCAAUGCCUUCAAGGACAGCGGCUUUUUCUACUUGAAGGGUCAUGGUAUUCCGGACGCCACUGUCAAAAACGUCUUCGAAAGGAGCGCCCGCUUUUUUGAACUGCCCCAUUCGUCCAAAGCCAAGCUUGCGUGGGAGGACCCUCGCUCGAACCGUGGCUACGUCCAGAUCGGUCGUGAGCGCGUCACGCAGAGCAGCGACGCGGCUGAGAUAGCUGCGAUGCGCGCGGCGGCUCCGGACUUCAAGGAAACGAUGGAGAUCGGACGGGACUGGGAUAAAAAGUGGCAGAACAUGUGGCCAGAAGAAGCAGAAGCGCCUCACUUUCGCGAGACGAUGCUUGCUUUCUUCCAGACAUGCCAUGAUCUGCACGUAUCUGUGAUGCGCGCUAUCGCACUUGGUCUAGACCUUGAGGAAGCAUUCUUUGAGAAGCAUAUCGAUGAGCAGUACCAUAACCUACGCUUGCUGAACUACCCGCCCAUCAAGACACGAUUACUGCAUGGCGCAGGACAGGCUCGUGCUGGCGCGCAUUCAGACUACGGUACCUUGACUCUGUUGUUUCAGGACAACGUCGGCGGGCUUGAGGUUCAGAACCCUACCACGCAGGAGUACCAACCUGCGAGACCUAUCCCCGGCACUAUCGUCAUCAACUGUGGCGACCUCCUUGCGCGGUGGUCGAACGACGUACUGAAAUCGACGCUUCAUCGAGUAGUAGCGCCUCCCGCACUCCCCAUCUCGGACACAGAAGGAAUGACCCCUCGUCGACAGAGCGUCGCAUUUUUCGCAAAUCCUAAUCAAAAUGCGGAGAUUGCUUGCCUGCCGAACUGUGGAAAGGAGGCCAAGUAUCCUCCCGUGACGACCGAAGACUACAUCGUCGGCAGGUUGUCUGCAACGUAUACCUAG